AUGUGCCGGACCUUUAAGGUGGCCCAGGAGCUCUCGUCGACAGUAUAUUCUAAUAACCCUCCCACUCCGACAGCGGCCGUCUCUGCUUCCGAUCCUCUACCCGAACAACUUCGCUCCAUAAUGCGUCUCCUUACACAUCCUGUGGUGGUCUGCACUGCGCACGACGGCACCCACCCUAGAGGCAUGACCAUGUCCUCCUUCACAUCCCUAACGCUAACUCCUACGCCCCUCAUCACAUUCAACGUCCUAGCACCGAGCCGUACGCUAGACGCCAUCACGGAAAGCGGAGAGUUCAACAUACACAUCCUGGCCGGGGACAGGAACGGGGCGGCGGUCGCGGAGAACUUCACACGAGGCAACACGGACCCCAGCGUCUUCCAGAGCCUACAGAGCGCGGCCUCCAAGCAGGGGACGGGUAGCUUGGCCCCCGUGCUUGUGGGGGAUGGCAUCCUCUACGUGCUACGGUGCCGGCUGGCAGGCGACGCCGCGCCAAACGGGGGGCUGAUCCGUGUCAGAGACCAUAUUGUCGUGGUUGCGGAGGUGGUGGGGACGGACCCGGGGAUUGAGGACAAGGAGUUUGGGCUGUCAUAUUCGGAUCGGAGUUUUAGAGGGGCUGGCGAGGUGAUUGCCCGGCACUGA